GCACGAGCUGCGUCUCUCGCGCAUUGAAUGUACCAGCUUAGCCAUUCGCAACGCGAGGUUGAAACAUCCGUUGCUGGUAUAAUGGUUCUCGAAAGUACAGUUGUUUGUGUGGACAACAGUGAAUAUAUGAGGAAUGGCGACUUUCCCCCGUCGCGUAUGAAAGCGCAGGAAGAUGCCGUGAGAAUCGUCUGCCAAUCGAAGACUCGACGCCACCCAGAAAAUAACGUUGCUCUGAUGACAAUGGCAGGCCCUGAAGUCCUGGCUUCCCUCACCACAGAUGUCGGACGCCUUCUGUACAAGCUCGCACAGCUCCAGCCGAAAGGCGACAGUAACUUCGUGGCCACUGUCCGCGUCGCUCAUCUUAUGCUCAAGAAUCGAGAAAACAAGAGCCACAAGAUGCGGAUGGUGAUUUUUGUUGGAAGCCCAGUUGUCACCAGCACUGGGGAGCUUGAGCAACUUGCCAGACACUUGAAGAAAGAGAAAGUUAAUGUGGAUAUUGUGAACUUUGGAGAAUAUGCUGAAAACAUGGGAAAGCUGUCAAGUUUCAUCAGCAUCCUCAAUGGAGAUGGUACUGGAAGCUCGCACAUGGUGACAGUGCCAGCAGGCAAUAUCCUGAGCAAAGUGGUUGCUGGCACUGCGAUAGUCCAAGGUGAAGACAGCAGGAGUGCCAUUAACUUUAAUCUUGAUUUUGAUGAUGAUGAUCCAGCUUUUCUUCUGGCGCUGCGCGUGUCUCUGGAAGAGCAACGCCAUCGGCAUUGCCUGGAAUAUGAGGCCAGGCAAGAAAUGGCUGGUUCAUCAGAAGAUACUACUCCGGCAGCUUCUGGCACUGCGAGUGCAUCUUUGUUGACCGAAGAGCAGCGGCUUCUGGACCAGCCCCUCUACGUGGAAACAGGGCCAGGUGACUUCGGUGCAGUAGGAGACUUCACAGACCACAGUACCAUGACAUAUGAUGAGCAGGUUGCAUAUGCUAUGGUGAUGUGCCUCCAGCACCAGUCUUUGCCUGAGCAUAUCGCAUCACUCCUACCUGAUGUGCUGCCUGAACAUGAUGCCCUGGAUACAGAUGAGGCCGAGCAGAUUGCAGAAGAGGAUUCGGAUGGCAAUGAUGAAUAUGACGACAUAUUCCAGGACGAGAUAUUCCAGGACCCAGGCUUUGUGAUGUCCAUCCUUGAGAGCUUUCCUGUUGCAGACGUCCAGAGAAAUGUCCAAAGUGCUCCGGCAGUGAUCACUCAUGGUGUCCAAGUCAACGAGCCUGCUGAUCAGGAUGAGGAUGCUGAAGACGAGCAGAAGCCAAGUGAAGGGAACUAGAUAGGUGCCUUUAACGAGAUCUCCUUCACGAGCUCAUAUGCCUGGAAGCCUAAACUAUUGUUUCUAAUAUAGCACCCUAAAAGACAGGGUCACUUGCAUUGUUAAUAAAGGCGUAGAAC